CUCCGAAAGAGCCCGAGGAGUGGCUCCUCAUCUCGGCGAGGGGGCGGGCGGUGGGCUCCGCGACCGCCGAUUGGCUAAGGCAGCGCCGCGGGGCGGGAGAAAGAGUUAAGCUAGUCCUCGACCUCACUCUUUUCGGUUCGGGCCGAGACUCGAGCGAGGCGCCAGGAGCGAGCGGAGGCUUCUUUCGACGCUCUACACAUCCGGACAACCCCGCCGCCAUUAUGGUGAAGCUCGCCAAGGUGAGCGCCGCGGCCUACAUGGCGGGAAGGGAGAGAAAGGCCCACAACAUGGAGGCCCCUUUCUUUGGCCCGCGCGGAAUUCUGAGGGAGGGGGAAAACGAGGGCGGCGUGACGGCGGCCUGGCGCGCGCGCGGCGGUUUCCAGGCCUCCCGUCGGUUUCACUGAGGGGGAAUUAAGCGGGGGAGAAAGGGAAUUGGAAGAGGCGGCGGUUUCAAGGCCCCCCACCAACCAACGGCCUCUCAAAGCGGCGCGCGCGCGCCACGGUAGUAGAACGUCGGGCGGUUUCUAGAGGCCCAUCGCCCUUUCUCUUCCAACGGGAUCGAGAGGGCGCGCGCGGGCCACACGAGGAGUUUCUAGGCGCCCUCCGCUCCGCCUCAGCCGGAAUCUUUCCAAGGCGCUCGACGUCCCACGGGCGGGGCGGGGGGAGGCCGCGCAUACGCGGGUCAACCGAGCUUAGUUUAGCGUAGCCUAGCUUGGCGGGCGCGCGAGCGGUUUUCGAGGGGAGGGAGGGGGGCGUUGGGAGCGGGCGCCGCGCGCGCUUCGGCGUCGCCGCGCCGUGGCCACGUGAUCCCGGCCGUGCGUAGCGGAGCACGUGGGAGGGGGAAGGAAGCCGCUCUCCAGGGGGGUUCCACGUGGUGCAGCAUCGCGGGCCUUGCGGCCUUCGCCGCCGCCGCCGCCUGGGUCUGGUCCCUCCGGCCACGCGGCUGCGGAGGGAAACAUCGCUAGUUGAAAGCACACACAACGGGUCAGCCGGCGACUGGUGGCGGGGAAAGCGGAGCUGGGACUGCUUUUUGCGCCCACGAGGCUCCCGGGGGAAGCAGCCACUGAGGGGGUUUUCCGCCGGCCCUCGUACCUCAGGCAGGCUCGGAGGGCUCCGCACGGGAAUCCUGAGGCCAGCCGACCAAUUUGGAGCCCCGUCUCGUAGGGAUAUUGGGUAUCUCUAGGCAGGACCAGAUUGAUCUUCCGACAGGCGCAAAAACACGUCCUCCCUCGAGGGAGUAAAGCUGUAAAGCGGGCGGGAGCAAAUAACAUUUUAUAAUUGCUUAAUAAUCUAGAGAGUGAAUCCCUCGUGCCGUCUGAAGUGCUUGUACGUGAUGCUUCAGUGGUGGUGGGGCAUUUGCUCCUGUGGCACAGUGAGCUUGCAUAUGGUUGGGCAGAAUGUGUCUGUAUUAAUGGAGUAUAGUUCAGAGGCCUGCUGAUGUUCGUAAUAUGUAUAACUAAGCACAUGGCCCCAAGUUCCAGAGAGAUCAGUGGGACUUAACUGCCAUGUGCUAGUUAUCAGUGGGGCUUUGGAUUGCCUGCCUGUGGUUGGAUUGUGGCAGUAGUAGUAAGAGGGAAGCAAGGCUGGAAUGUUUAAUGUUAAUUACAUUAACAUUCAGAUGGGAAGAUCUCCUGUAUGAAAAAGAGGAAGGUAUAAGGUAUGGGUGCUUAAGCAAUUGCGCUUCACUGCGAACUAUUAAAAGGAGUAGCACGUUUUUCAAUAAGUAAGGAGACUUAUAAGUGUAUCCUGAUAGCAGCAAUUUUGAGCACUGGGAAAAACAGACUUCUAACUCGUACUCUGUCUCCCACCAGAACGUUAAAAGCCAGCCUAAACAGAAGAAAAUGGCUCCUCCUCCAAAGGAUGUGGAUGACAGUGAAGAGGAGGAAUCAUCAGAAGAGGAGGAGAGCAGUGAGGAAGAGGUAAGAAUUUGGCCUUUGGUGCUUGAAGCCAGUCAGUGUAACCUUGAAUCCAAUGUCUUAAGGUGCUUGUCAAUAUUUGGCGUGAAGUUGUGUAAAUGAUAAAGUACAGUGAGCCAAAUCUUGCUUUACUGCCUAAAUCCUUACAAAUAUUUGUCUGGACGUUCCCAUCCAUGAGACUGGAAAGCAGUUGUAAGCCUUGUGUAUUAAUAAUAAUAAUAUAUUGGUAUUAAACACCCUUGCUUCAGAUGUAAAGGAAACAAACUAUCUGACUUUUAGAAGAAGGCAGACCUGUAUCUGGAAGUUUUUAAUGUUUUAUGUUUCUAUGUAUGCUGUGAGUCACCCAGAGUGGCUGGGGAAACCGAGCCAGAUGGCCAGGGUAUAAAUAAUAUAUAUUUUAUAUAUUAUAUUAUUACUAGUAGGGUUAAAGUAGCUCAUUAGCUGAAAAAUCAAGUUUUGGGCAGAGAAAAAAGAUUGCAUGAAAUGGAAGGCACUCCUAGGGGCAGAGGUCAAGGUCUUAAGUUAAUUUCUCUUCCUAUGUCCCAUCUAUAUAUGUUACCUCAUAGUAGUCCUUAGUGGUAUUUGCUAAGGAGAUCCAACUGUGUUAAUUUGUGGAGCAAACUAGUGGUUAGAGAUUGUUGUACCAUGCAAUCCUAUGCAUGUUGACUUGGAAACAAGCCUUGCUGUGUUCAGACGGGCUAACUCCCAGGUAAGGGAGCAUGAAUCAUAACAAUAUUCUCAGUUUUGCAUCCAUCUUAGAUUUUAUGGUGUCUUGUUAACUGGAAUAUUUCUCUUCCCGCAGAUGGUCCCCCAGAAGAAAGCAGUUACCCCAGCAAAAGCAGCAGCCGUAGCUACUCCCAACAAAAAAGCAGCAACUCCUGGUAAGAAGAUAGUGGCUACCCCAGCCAAAAAAGCUGUGGCUACCCCAGCAAAGAAAGCCGCUACUCAACUGAAGAAGACACCGGUUCCUGCCAAAGGAGCAAAAAAUGGGAAGAACGCCAAGAAAGAAGAGAGUGAAGAGGAGGAAGAUGAGGAGGAGGAUAGCGAGGAGGACGAAGGUGAAUUUGGUGGGGUAAAUUACUUUAGUACAGUGGUGCCUCGCAAGACGAAAUUAAUUCGUUCUGCGAGUUUUUUCGUCUUGCGAAGCACGGUUUUAAGAAAAAGGAAACAAACUCGCAAGACGUUUUCGUCUUGCGAAGCAACUCAAAAAACAAAAAACUCUUUCGUCUUGCGAGUUUUUCGUCUUGCGAGGUACCACUGUAAACUGAAAUUGCUAUUGCCAGAUUCAGAAAGGUUUCUGGCUUUUACAGCAAAGCAGCAAAUCAUUCAAAGCAAGCGAAAAUACACGAGAACAGCAUGAUAUUUCUUGCAUAUUAUAUUCUAUUGUGUGCGUGUGUUCUGCUAAAUUUUAUAGUACAAGAUGGUCACCAUUUGGAGUCAGUGCUGCCGUGCAUGAACCAUAUGACUCCUUUCAAUCCUUUAGGUAGUUAGGUCUUGAAUCAUGGUUUCUGGUUCAGUAGGCCUUUAUAAAUGUUCCAGUAUUGCUCUUUCAACAACUGCUAAUAAAUUGCUUCAUGCAGAUGAAUCUGAGGAGGAGCCUGCAGUACCAGUAAGGAAAGCUGUGCAGGCAGCAGGGAAAAAGCCUGUAGCCGCUGUAGCUGCUAUAUCAGCCAAACAAGAAUCCGAGGAUGAUGAAGACGACGAAGAUGAGGAGGAGGACGACGGUAAGGCUUUUUCAUUUAUGAGAAGCAUAGGUAGGGAUUAUUCUGAGUCAUCCAGUUUCAGAAUAAAUAGUUGGGUUGGAAAAAGCAGAAUAGGUUGAGAUAACUUGCUGCCUUGUUUGAGUCUAGAUACCAGCACAGAUGAUGAUUAUUGGGACUUAAUACUGAUCUUGUGAUGUCUCUAGUAUGAGCUGAUGUGUUGGAUGUAUAAACAGCGCCCAUAGCGGGGACAUACUAAUCCUGCUUCCCAGCUGAAUCAGGACACAAUAAACUUAAAUCUGGACACACUGGCACAUCAAAAUGGAGGCCCGGCUAGUGUUAGGCAGGCCUGACUCACAUUCCAAACUGUGGUUUGCACAGUUCUUGCUUUUUGAGUUGUCUGAUUCUGUGAUGUUGCACAGUGACAUCACUGAGGCUUGUGACUCUCAUGUUCAUAAGCAUAGUUUUGUAGUAACAACCAUAAUUUUUUAAAGGAGUCAAAGUGAGCAAGAGGAGUUGUUCUUGAGUGCAUCUCUUUGAUACAGUGGCUAUGCACUGUGAGUGUUGCCUAAAAGAGCUCCCUGUGGUUCUAGAAUCUGAAGAUGAGCCCAUGGAGAUCACCCCAGCAAAAGGGAAAAAAGCUGUGCUGGCAAAAACGGCACCAGUAAAAGUCACACCUGCUAAAGCCGCCAAAGAAGAUUCUGAGGAUGAGGAAGAUGAUGACGAAGAGGAGGAUGACGACGACGAAGAGGACGAUGAAGAGGAGGAAGGUGAGUUGGCCAUCUGUGAAGUCCCUCAGAGCUCUCAAAACCUUGCAGUUGUCUUGCCUUCUGCUUUGGUCCUAGAGCUGGAAAUGAUGAAUUCUCGCUGAGCUGAUGUGGUAUUAAUCACAUAUGAACACAUCCUGAAGAUAGUCAAGUCCUGAUCCAGCUGCCCCCUUCUGAUGUGCUCCGUGGGAUCCCCUGGGGUCUUUCUGACACCUCCUCUGCUUCUCUUCCCACUACAGAGAACGUGCAAGAAAUGUCUGGAAAAAGAAAGAAGGAAAUGGCCAAGCAGAAAGGAGCCCCAGAUGCCAAGAAAAAGAAAGUGGAAGGUGAGAAAUCCACCAUGUUUUCACUUGUUCUUUUGAUUGGCCCUUGAAAAAGCAUGGUAACCUAUCCCAUAAUGCCUCUGUGCAGAGUAAAGCCAAUUUCCAACACCUAACCUAAAAGGUAAAUCCAAGGACAUGCCUCUUACUACGUAGAGGGUUUGAUUCUUGGGGUGCUGAAGCCAAGUCUAGCACCCACAUACUGUUUGUGACACAUCUCAGGGAUCCCAUAGUGGCCUUUUUUCAAGCAUCCUUUUACUUAUUAGCACGCUGCCUGUUAAAAUGGACAUCUGUGAGGCUUUAAAAGGUUGCUAUGGAGCAUGAGAAUUAAGAGGGAAAGAGACUAGAAGAGGUGGGUAAAGGAAGGAUAAGGGCUAGUUCUUUUGGUAUGUGUUAGGGAGAGUGGAAGGUCCUUGUCGCACUGCUCCAGUGAGUGUGCAUUAUACUCCUAGUGUAACACAGUUACCAGUGGAAAUGACAGCUAAUGUUGAGAGAUUCCCAGGCUUGGUGCACUAAGAGUUUUGCACAGGUGGCUCCACCAGCCCUUACUGUAGUUUCCUAGAAGUUUUUGCAUAACUCAUGUAAUCUUCCAUUAACGUUUUAGAAGCUGCCUUCUCCAUCUUCAUGGGCAACCUGAAUGGAAACAAAGACUUUGAGGAACUGAAAGUUGCCGUCAAGGAUUUCUUUGCCAAAAAGGAUCUUGAAGUGCAAGAAGUCAGAAUUGGAAACUCAAAGUAAGAACUAAGUUUACUUGUGUAUAUUACGAAAUCUUAAGAAUUCCUUAAAAGUAAAAACUUCACUUUAAAACAGCUUUCUGUUGUGGCAAGGAGGAAGUGAAUGCUGCUUUGGUCUAGGGAUGAAGAACAUAUUUCGUUGGACAGCAACUCCUAUCAUCUCUGGCCAUGCUGGUUGGGGCCAGUGGGAGUUAGGAGGCCUGACAGCAACGGGAGGGACACACAUGUUCUCCAUCCCUGAAUUAGACACUCGUUCAAAAAGUAGUAUUUGUUCCGGAGAUAAGGAGACUGCUGCAUCUUACAGUGGUUCUUCCAGGAGAAGAGUGGGUAGCAGAAGGAUAAUACUUUUACUGGAUUUUGAAUGAGACUGCUGUAAAACAUUUUAACUUUUAAAGCUCUGCAAGCAGUCAUCACCUAAAAUGUGACAAAGUUUCUGUGUCCCCUCACAAAUAUUACACAUGUUCAGCCUACCGUUGGGUAGACUUGCUAAUUUUAGAUGCCACAUUAAGGCUGCUGUUUACUUUGGUUACCUUGUGGAUAUUUGGGUUGAAGACUGAAAAUAAACCUUCUGUUCUGCAGGAGGUUUGGCUAUGUGGAUUUCUCAUCGGAAGCUGAUGUGGAUAAAGCACUUAAGCUAAAUGGAAAGAAAUUAUUGGGCUUGGAAAUAAAACUGGAAAAAGCAAAGACCAGGGAGUGCAUCCAAGAGAAUAAGAAAGGUAAGCUUUCUUUUUAGUACGAGCUUGGUAUUCUUGGACUUUAAAGCAGCCUUUGCCUGCACAUGUUCCUGCGCCUCUCCUGAUAGAGUGACGUUUCCAAAGAGAUGCCACAGAGUGUGAGUGUUCAAAGUACUUUUCUGUGGGUCUAUAACCUCUUGUGGUGUUUGCUUUUUAGAGAGAGAUGCAAGGACUAUCUUUGUGAAGAACCUUUCUUACAGUAUAACCCAAGAAGACCUGCAAGAAGUCUUUGACAAUGCCCUGGAAGUCAGGCUGGUGUCCAAGGAUGGAAAUAGCAAAGGGUAUGUACCUCCAUUAGCACGAGAUUGUGGGCUGCAUUGCUGUGGACCCUGCCAUUCAGCAGCAGAAUUCCCCAGCUACUCUGCAUAUGCGUUUCUAUCCAGGAAAUCCUAAAAGUUCUGACCCUCAUUCUACCCAACAUGAUUUCAAAGUUGUUGUACUACAACAGGGCUGUAUCUCUCUGUAGGGGUUUUUUCACUCCCCUGCAAGGUUCAUUGUAAUGAACGUACCUUUGGGAUGGUGUUUAAUAUCAUUGGUAGCUAUUUUCUUCUAGAGAAUUAUCUCCCCAAGACUUUCAGAACAAACUUGCCGUUUUUGUGUUCUCCCCAUCCCUCAGGAUUGCCUACAUUGAGUUUAAAUCCGAGGCAGACGCAGAGAAAGCGAUGGAGGAAAAGCAAGGGAUGGAGAUUGAGGGCCGUGCCAUCAUGCUUGACUACACUGGUGAGAAGAGCCAGGUGGAUGGCAGAAAAUUCAGUAAAGGAGGACAGCCAGGUAAUCUGCUUUGGUGCAUUCAGGUGGUAUCUGGUGUUGGAAUUUGCUUGCCAUGACAAAACACUGAAAGGUGACUGCAGAGAAGCUGCGGUCAUUACAGUGACAUACAGUGGUACCUCAGCUUAAGUACUUAAUUCGUUCCGGAGGUCUGUUCUUAACCUGAAGACCACUUUAGCUAAUGGGGCCUCCUGCUGCCGCUGCGCCACCAGAGCACAGUUUCUGUUCUCAUCCUGAAGCAAAGUUCUUAACCCGAGGUACUAUUUUUGGGUUAGCGGAGUCUGUAACCUGAAGCGUAUGUAACCCGAGGCACCUCUGUACUCCCAAUUCUCAAAAGGCAUCUUGCCUUGAAAAAAGAGGCUUAGUUGGUUUCUGCUUCCUUCUGAUGACCCUUUAGAAUUUUGGUUGCUGGGGGGCUUCAGCUUACCUUAUUGUAAGUGUGGGUGGGUGUUUGUGUUUUCCUUUCCUGGAAACAUUUCUUUAGCCUUCUGCAGCCACCUCAGCUGCCAGCGCUUUCUGAACCGUACAUAAAGUUCCACGAGAGCCAUUGCAUCUUAGCAUGGGCAACCAGGAAAGCUAACAACAAACACCUGCACCCCAUCUGCAACUAGUCUAACCAAAACGUUCUCUCUUCUUUGACAGAUUGUCAAAGGCAGUUCUGUUUCUUGUUAAUAGAUGGAGGAGAAUGAUAAGAAUAAGAAUCAGUGGAAAAUAUUGGAGUGACCCUAGAAUGAACCUUUCUUUUCUGCAGGUGGAGAGUCAAAGACCCUUGUUGUGAACAACCUCUCAUAUGAUGCGACAGAAGACUCUCUCCAGGAAGUCUUUGAGAAAGCGGCAGCAAUCAGGAUCCCACAGAACAACCAGGGGAGGCCAAAAGGGUAUGUAGGAGCAGGCGUGUGGUGACCUGAUGAUUAAAUCCUCUCUCUUGACUAGGCAACCCCUCAGAACAUUAAAUGUCAUUUCCCAAGGAAGUUAGAACUCCUUAAGACAUGCCUGGCUGAAGUGUGUCUUUGGAUUCAGAUAAUCAUGAUGCUUGUUUAGCUGGAGGGCGGAGUGGGUGGGUUAGAAGCUAGGCUGCUAAACGAAGGAAAUAACAUGCAUUGUUGGGCUCGCUUUUGCCUCUGGCUACACCCACCACUGGCUUGGGCUGAAGCUGUUUCCCCAUCUACCCCUGUGACUCAGUUUCUUAACUUGACUCUGGCUUCUCUUUCUGCAGGUACGCAUUUAUAGACUUCCCCACAACUGAGGAUGCAAAAGAAGCAAUGAAUUCCUUCAACAACACAGAAAUUGAAGGCCGGACAAUCAGGCUGGAAUUCAGCACACCAGGGGGACAGAACAGGAAUUUCAAUGCUAGAGGAGGAUUUGGACGUAAGUCUUUGUCCGUGCCCUAACUUAAAAUCAUUUGAGGGUGGGGGUGGUGUUUUAAUUAGCCCUUGCUGUAUCAACAGGGCUAAAAUUUUAUGUUUGUUUUUUAUUCAGAGCAAAGCAAAACACUGUUUGUCAAAGGCUUGUCUGAGGAAACAACAGAAGAAACCUUGAAAGAGUCGUUUGAAGGCUCCGUUACUGCAAGAAUAGUCACUGACAGAGAUACUGGCUCAUCCAAAGGGUAGGUGUAAAGCUGCCUCUGUCCCAGAGUUUUUGACAUGAUGGCAAGUACAAAAGUCUCACUGCUGCUGACCUCCCCUUGAUCCCACCCUCCACUAGGCCUCUGCUCUGAGCUUCUCUAUGUAAACCCAGGAGCCUUCCUGCCUUCUCAAUGAGCUCCUUCCUGCUGAUAAUCCAGUAGCAGGCUAUGGAUUCGCACGAGAAGAAGAGUAUAACUGCAGCCCUGACCUUGGGUGGCUUGUCUGCUUCAGAUGAGCAACUGUCAUUGCUGUGGGACAAGCCUGCAACUUGCCUGCCUGCCUGCAGAUUCAUAGCAUGCAGUGCAGCCUGCAGUUAAGUUUGUGGAUAUCUACAUCUAGGACGGGCAAAAUCCCCAUCUAUGUGGCUUUCACAAGUGUAGCCUGUUGAUGUCAGAAGCUUAGAGAGUAGAGCAGGAGACUUUUAGUCUCAAGGUUAGGGGGGAAAUAUUCCUUCAUUUCAGGGCCAGGGCAUUUGAGCAGCAUUGUGUAGCCAUGCAGAAAUCAGAACUACCACACCAGCAUUAAAUGUAAUAUUUAUUGUAGUUCAAUUGACUUUGAGCAUAACCUUAGCUGGCGCUUAAAGGUACAAGGGAGCCCUAACCAUUAGGUCCAGUCGCGACCGACUCUGGGGUUGCAGCGCUCAUCUCACUCUAUAGGCCAAGGGAGCUGGCAAUUGUCCGCAGAAAGCUUCUGGGUCAUGUGGCCAGCCUGACUAAGCUGCUUCUGGCGAACCAGAUCAGUCCACGGAAACGCCGUUUACCUUCCCGCCAGAGUGGUACCUAUUUAUCUACUUGCACUUGGACAUGCUUUCAAACUGCUAGGUUGGCAGGAGCUGGGACCGAGCAACGGGAGCUCACCCCGUCGCGGGGAUUCAAACUGCCGACCUUCUGAUCAGCAAGUCCUAGGCUCUGUGAUUUAAUCCACAGCGCCACCCGCGUCCCUGUUAGCUUACCUGCAUUUAGGGUUGAAGGUCCUGUUUCAGCAGGCAUGUUCUGUCAGCAAACUGAGUUUAACAUCCCUUGAGUCCCUUUGGCAGGAAGGUGGGCUAGGAAAUUAGAUGCCUCAGGGGUGUAUUGCAAAUAACUUGGGACAGUCUGAGUCUGUCCUCUUUCUACCCAGAAGGGCACCUGCUGUGUCUGUGCUUGUAUUGCUCUCAGUUUUUUUUUGAUGCACUGCUUGGAUGUGUCUCAUCUGGCCCUAGAAUUCCUCCAAAGGGAGUUGUAAUGAUGAUUGCAGGUAUUAAAGACCCCUCCAUCUGAAUCAGUUCUUCAGCGACAGGGUAGAGUGUUGAAACUGUCCCCUGCUCUUUCCUAGAUUUGGCUUUGUGGACUUCAGCUCCCCAGAAGAAGCCAAAGCAGCAAAGGAAGCCAUGGAGGAUGGAGAGAUUGAUGGAAACAAAGUGACCCUUGACUUUGCCAAGCCCAAGGGCGAUGGGCCACGCGGUGGCGGCGGCUUCGGUCGUGGCGGCAGAGGAGGCCGGGGCGGCAGAGGAGGCUUCGGCGGACGGGGUGGUGGCAGAGGAUUUGGAGGUAUUUGUGCUGAUAAUGUUUGUCCUUUCAUAUUUGAAUAAUGGCAGUGUGUGAAGAGCUUGGAUUUUUAAAAAUUACUCUAUCUCUUUUAGGCAGAGGCGGCGGCUUCAGGGGAGGCAGAGGAGGAGGUGGCGACCACAAACCACAAGGGAAAAAGAUAAAAUUUGAUGACUGAGUGGCUUGUCCCUAUAUCUGAAAGGACUCUGGGGUUUUUAAUUCUGUCACUACCAAUAUGACGGAGCCUUCUGAGGACAUUCCAAGAUGCGUUGCAGUCCCUCUUAAGAGCUACUUGGAAAAAUUCCUUUCAAUGAAGAAACAGCCAUCUGACUGCCUGGCCACGCAUAUGAACUUUUAAAAAGCAACAAGAAAUGUGGGAGUUGACCUGUGUCAGUGCAUUUGUCCUGAAUUUAUAACGUUUUACCCCAUGUACAAAAUUAACUUCCUUAUACAUUUCUGUAGGGUUUUUCCUUUAUUGUUUUUUUGUUUAUUUGCUGUAAAAAUGCAAAAAUGUUUUAUCAUUUGUGUCUUGGCACACUGUCUUGGACAGAUUAAAGGGCCUAAACAGAUUUCUUGUGUGUUUCUUUUUUUUUUUUAAGAUAUUUAUUGAAAUUUUCAAAAUGUUAC